UUGCAGAGAGCGAGACAGAUAAUAUUAGAUUCCUUCGAUUUUUGUUGAAUAGUCCGAUUUGUUUUCUCCUACACAUGAGAAGAAUAAAUUAUACAAAUAGUCCCUUAAGUUUGGGGGACCUAACAAAAUCAUAACUAUGUUUAACCUUUUUAAGGAAAUGAUUAUCUACAUUUGUACUAAUGAGUGUACAAAUUUAUUUUCCCGUCGAAUCUAAUACAUCAACAUGUCAUACAAUCCGAUGGCUCCUUUAUUAACUCUCUUCUCGCAUGACCUUUUUUUUUACGUUAACUUGCUUUACCGAAAAACAUGUCAUACAAUUCGAUGGCCGGGCUGAGCUACCUUGUACCUCGAGGGGGCCCCGGCCCCCCGAAAAUUUUGGAGGUCGCGUGUAAAAAUAUCGGGAAUUUUUGAAAUUUCUUCUCACAAAGCUCAAUGCCCGAGGGAUGGAACGAUACUCACUUGGUGCUAACACCGAAGAUCUUGAACCCGGAGAGAGUAUCCCAAUUCAGGCUUAUUAGUUGUUGCAACUUCCGGUACAAGGUGAUAUCCAAAAUCAUGGCAACAAAACUUAAUGUUUGGAUCCCUCAACUGGUUGAUGAGAUGCAAACGGCUUUUAGUGGAGAGAGAGCUAUUCAGGAUAACAUCAUCAUUGUCCAUGAGGUCGUGCACCAUUUCAAGACUCGCCCAAAAGGCGGGAAGUGAGAAAUGAUGAUUAAGCUGGAUAUGAAGAAGGCUUACGAUAUGGUUGAGUGGGAGUGUUUGGAGAGUAUCCUUAGAGCUAUGGGUUUUGCACAUCAAUGUUGUCUUUGGAUCAAGGAGUGCAUUGAGACUGUGCGGUUUUCGGUCUUGUUCAAUGGUCAACCCUCAAAGUUCUUUCAGCCGUCCAGAGGCAUCCGUAAGGAAAUGAUUAUCUACAUUAUACUAAUGACUGUACAAUUUAUUUUCCCGUCGAAUCUAUUACAUCAACAUGUCAUACAAUCCGAUGGCUCCUUUAUUAACUCUCUUCUUGUAUUACUUUUUUUUACGUUAACUUGUUUUACCAAAAAAACAUGUCAAACAAUAUUCCGAUGGCGUCAGAGGAAAGGCAUGAAAUUUUUUCGUUUCGAAGAAGAGAACGAAAGAAUAUGACUUUGAUUUGGUUCUGGUUUAAAUGAAAAAACUUAAAAUGAAUAAUAAGAUAAUUUAAUUACCAAAAACCACAUCACAUGCCUUCACCAUCAAUAUAAUCAACCCACAUGAUCCACACUAUGAGUUUCAUUAUUUGCCAUGGAAUAUCUCUCUUUCUCGUCCUUCGAAGGAUUCAACAUCCCCUGCCUCUUCACUCUAGCAACCAUCCUUGCAGUCACCUUCUUCAUCACCCAAAAACAGAGGUCCUCCAAACCCGCCGCUCCAAACUCGCCGCCGGGGCCAUGGAAGCUCCCCGUAAUCGGAAACCUCCACCAGCUCGCCGGCCACCAACCCCACCGCCGGCUGAGGGAUCUCGCCCACAAAUACGGCCCCGACGUGAUGCACCUCCAGCUCGGCGAGCUCCCUUACAUCGUAAUCUCUACCCCUGAAUCCGCCAAACUAGUGAUGAAAACCCACGACCUAGCUUUCGCCUCCCGGCCUUACCUCCUCGGCCCGGACAUAGUCUACUACGGCUGCAAGGACAUAGUUUUCGCCCCCUACGGCGAGUACUGGCGCCAGAUGCGCAAGAUCUGCACCCUCGAGCUCUUCAGCGCCAAACGAGUUCAAUCCUUCCGCCGCAUAAGAGAAGAAGAGGUCUCCAAUCUCGUCGCUGCUCUGUCUCGCUCAGCGGCUUCAGGGGAGCCAGUGGAUUUGGGCCCGUUGCUGCACACGCUGACGAGUACCGUCACUUCCAGGGCAGCAUUCGGUAAAGUGCAGGAGCUGAGCGAUGCGUUUCGGACCGUUGUGGAUAAUGUCUCGGAUGUUAUGUCGGGUUUCAAAAUCUCUGAUCUCUAUCCUUCCUUCAAAUUACUCCCUGUCCUCACUGGAUACAGAGCAAAACUGGAGAAGAUGCGUGAAGCGGCGGAUUCGGUGCUGGAUCGGAUUAUCGAUGAGCAUAAAUCCAGGAGAAGGGAGGGAAUUAAGAGUAGUGGUGAUGAAAAAGAGGAUCUUGUCGACGUGCUUCUGAAUCUUCAAGAAAACCAGGAUGAUCUUGGAGUUCCCAUCACGACGGAGGUCUUAAAAGCAGUAACUCUGGAAUUGUUUCUCGCUGGGAUCGAGACAGCAACGACUGUGGUGGAGUGGACUCUGUCGGAAAUGAUGAACAGUCCGAGAGUGCUGGAGAAAGCACAACAGGAAGCGAGGCGGGUAUUCGGCGACGAGUGCAGGAACAACUUUAACGAGGAGAGCCUUCAUCGGUUGAAGUAUCUGGAUAUGGUGAUCUCCGAGAGUUUGAGACUGCACGCGCCGGUCCCUUUGCUUGCUCCGAGACAGAACAGAGACCGGAAAGUGGAACUCGAUUCGUACGAGGUCCCGGUCAACACCAACGUCAUCGUGAACGUCUGGGCGAUCGGUCGGGAUCCUCGGUACUGGAAGGAGCCGGAUACGUUCUACCCGGAAAGAUUUAUGGACUGCUCAACCGAUUACAAGGGGAAUGAUUUUCAGUUCCUUCCGUUUCGUUCGGAAUGGCGAUCGUGAAACUUGCUCUAGCAGGUUUGCUUUUCCAUUUUGACUGGGCACUUCCUACCGAAGAGAAAACCACUAAUAUGACGGAAUGCUUUGGAAUAACGCUCAGGAGACAAUAUCCUCUCCAUUUGAUUCCUGUUCCAUACCAUCACGUGAACUUGGGAGAGGGGAGAGAUGCUUAAUAUGGAUUCGUGGUUAUCUUUUGCUUCCAUAUGCAUCAUUUCUUGAUCAUACUUGUGGUUUAGCCUUAUUUAUGUAUCCUCUGUCCUUUUCCUUUGCCAAAUCAAGUGUUAUAUUAGGGGGUGUCAAACAUUCGACAUCAACACAUCACACCCCCUCUCAUCAUUCCAUAACUUAUAUUAUGUUUGUCCGGUGAUCUGAAAUAAGUUUCGCAUAAGUGCAACUAUUCUUCAAAUGAGAUUGAUACAAAGAUACGAUGAACAAAUAAUGCAUUCGUCGAAUUAACCAUAUGCAAAAACUAAGUGUUCGAUUCCUCCUUUCUUAUAAGGUAAUUAAUUAUGCCAUUCUAAUUGAAUUGAGCUAUGACGUUGUGUUACGUUUUCAUAAGUAACUAAAAACCUCUUGACCCAAGUAUUCUUCACUUAAAUACUUUUACUGAAGCACCGCCUCAAAAUAUACAAGACAUUUGCAUAUCAUAUCACAAAAUAAAAUUAAGAAAAAUAUAACAUGCAUUAGUCGACAUAUGUACAAUUCAAUCAUAUAACUUUAGCAGCAUCUUUUCAACUAACAAACAGUUGAAUCAUGUGGAUGUUGCCCUACUCAACUGCUCCAUUGACCAAUUGGAAAUGUCAUUAAUUAUCCAUGUUGACGAAUUACAACAGGGAGAGAUGGAAUUAUGACAACUUUUUUUGAAACACAAAAAACCAAAUAAUUCACAUAAUUAAUCUAAUAUAAGAUUAUCUUUUGUAAAAAAAAAAAUCUAAUAAAAAUGUAAAUUAAGUAUCCCAUUGGAGAGAUGGAGAUACGAUUAGAUCUCCUUCUAUUUUUUUUACUCUCAAGUCAGACUUGUCUCGCUCACGUAGUCACGUUGCAUGAGGUCAAUUACAUGAAUGGUCACGUAUAUUUGGGGUCAAUAACAAACAGUAACAUAUCAUACAUUUUUUAAUUAACCCCACUAGUUAACUAGCUCUCAUCUCUGUUAAUGUUACCUAUUUUAAAUCAACUUGAAUGCUGUGACAUGUUGAUAUAACUAAUUAAAACCAAAUAAUGAGUGGGGAUUGACGAAAUUAACAACCAUUUGAAGCGUUUGAAAUUGCUAAUCACUUCUAGCACACUCCAACCGUCCAAUUAAACACAAAAUAAAAUUUGGGCACCGUGAUGCGCAUGGGUUCAGGCGCUGGAAAUUGUAAUUAUUAAUUCACAUCUGACACCCAAGACCCACCAUCUGUUGGAAUUGCAAGUAUCAAUUGUUGGGGAUUUUUGUAUUUUCAUCAAGGUUCAAAAAGGCGCUAGGCGGAAGGCGAGCGAUAAGCCUUUGACUAGCGCCUACCUUGCUUAGGCGUAGGCUAAGCGUGUCUAGGCGUUGGAAGAAAAACAGCUAUUCGCGUUGCAUGAUGAAUGAAUCAAUAAUCUACAACACUCUCACUUCAGUUAAAAUGAUUAAUAACUUACUCAACUCUUAAUGUCAAGAGCAUAGCUCCCGAUUUCACAUAAUCAUAGCUCAAUAGCUCACAAAUUUCUUAAGUUGUUGAAGAUAAUGAUACAGAAAAUUGAUUUCGUAGUUGAUGUUAAUUUUUUCCCAUUAAUAUUGACUUCCUAGCUCCAUCUAGUAAUGUUUAGGAGAGACUUUAUGUCGCUUUACUCUAUUGGCGUGUUCGAGUAUCUAAUUAGGGGUGAAACCCCCUAGGCGAGGCGUUUUGCCACUGCCUUGCAUGCCUAAAUGUAAGGUUAAGUGUGCCUUUUUUAACCAUGAUUUUCAUUAAUUAAAUUGAUAGAUUAGG